AGCAGAAAAAGCCGCCGUCUAUAUGUUACUGCACCGGGCAGGGAUUAUAUACUAUACGUCUACAAUGGUAUUAGCAGUAUCUAGUGUUGAUGUACAACAGACGCUCUCCUUGUUGGGGGCUGCAAAGGCAAACAACAGUUUCGUGUCUCUGCGUGUACUCUGCUCAACGAGAUCUAAAGAGGUGGUCGUACGUGCGAAAACUGCAAAAGCAGAAAUUAACGGUUGCGAUGUCAACUAGGGGUCCAGCGGCUCCCUGUCGGGACUCACGACAUCAGGAGGAUAGUGUUUUUGAACUACUGUUUUGACGAGCAAGAGCUUCUGACACUCUACUGCCUGCCGUAAACUCUCGUCACCUUGUCUUCGUGGCUCUCGAGUUGCACUGUACAUCUGGUGUAGUCGCAGUGUCAAGCUCAGACUAUACCAAGCUCUUUCAACGCCUGGUAUUUGGCUGCCUCUUGAGGGGUGUCGUGGUUAUCUUGCCUGGGCUCGCACCAAUAGCACCAGCGUCUAAUCCUCCCCUCGUGUCUGAUAACACAUCAUUCCAAAGGAUGUGUGCUCGCAUCACGUGUAUUUAUUGCAGACCAUUCACAUCUGAAAUCACAGGUUUCGAUCAUACAGCUGUCGGUACAUGGCGAUUGCGGAUGAUUAAACCAGCACAAGAGACCACUUGGAUGCCUGCGAUACAUGAUUCAUUUCGGGAUUUCUCGAGACAGGGUUGUUCCCAGCUGCUUUCGUCCUCUGCAUAGACGCAGCCACCACACCGACUUCUUUCACCUGGCGGUUCAUUGCUCUGUUGUUAGCUUCUGUUCAGGGUAAUCUGAGGUAUUCCACCACCUAAACAGUGGCUCUCAGAGCUGAAUACAAACACUCACCACGAUUCAGCAGCUAGCAAGUCACACUGAACCAGAUGGAUGGAUGAUCAGCCAAACAAGACAUCUCUCUUUCGCCGCGUUCGGGUCUGCCUAAAUGACUGUGCUGCAUAUGGGAACCGUCGAGACCAUGGGGUCAACAAACACGGAGAGGCGGACAUUCUUGGACACGCGCGCGGCGAUUCUGUUCAGUUUUCACUGUGAGGUUGACAGCCGGCGAAUGGAGAAACAUCACUGUCUUCUUGUGGGUGGCAAGUGCGACGCGCCGCUAUUCUGACUUCGUCUCUACUGGCGCCAAGAAGCAGGCGCUGGCUGGUGUGCUAGCUAGAACCGUGGCCGUGUCUCGUGAUUUCGGCUGCAUUCCAGGCAGUCUUAGGGCCGGCCGCGCAGCGGGUAGUCGAAAUAAUGCUUCGAACCAACGCGAAAUGCCGCGCGACGCAGCUGAGAACAAGCGGCCUCCGCGGGAAAUGAGUGGUCGGCUGGCUACCUACAGUUGAACAGUCAGAGCAGACACCCCGCCAACAGGCACAGACACUGAACGUCAGCAGAACGGCGAUAUGGCUUGUCGUCAGUUACUUUGUUCAGUACAAAAUCUUUUGUUUUAUUUCUUGCCUGACAUAUACUGCACUGACUUCGACACCAUGGAGCAAAGGCUGCCAAUUAUUCUACUUGUUCUCUCUGUGUUCUUCAGUUCAACCCCAAGCGCCGCCCUUUCGAGCCACAAUGGAGUCCCCGCUUAUCCAUCGUAUGCACAGGCAUCGCUCUCUUCCAACGGCGAGCCACGGCACAGGGGCAUACGCGGCAGCUUCCUCAUGCCCGUAAAGCCACACGCAAACGCUGAUGACUUCGCCUCCGACGACAACUACGAAACGCUGCCGAGUUUCGUGGAAGCUCCUGUCAGAGACCCGCGCCAAGUCCCUGGCAGAGGAGAAGCUGCUCUUGGCACAGAGGAGACUCCAGGACAACAGCCGCCGGUGGCUCUAGGCAGUGCAGAAGGGGAGGGGACCUCCACUAAUGAAUCCGCCUCCGAAAAUUCUGAAGAUGACACGUUUCACGAUGCCCUCCAAGAGCUUCCAGAGGAUGGCCUCGAAGUGCCCCCACCAAAUGCACAGGAGCUGCCCCCACCAAAUUCACAGGAGCUGCCCCCACCAAAUUCACAGGAGCUGCCCCCACCAAAUUCACAGGAGCUGCCCCCACCAAAUGCACAGGAGCUGCUCCCACCAACUGAACAGGAUCUGCCCCCACCAACUGAACAGGAGCUGCCCCCACCAGUGGGCGAAGGUCAAGGUCUGCAAGUCCCUGGGGAACAUGGACCACAGGGGCCCCCAGAUGAUGAUCAGCAGCUGCUUUUAGAGCCUACGGAAGAGCAACAGGAGGGCCCUCAGGAGCCGCUGCCACCGCCGCCGCCCCCGACUCAGGGCGAACAACCCGAAGGACAGCAGCCGCAGGGACCAGUUCGUCAAAAUUUUUUUCGUCGGGCGUUGGGGGCCGCAAGAAGCCGAUUCGGAGGUGCACGACGCCAUGUCAGUGGGGUGUUCCGAAGAGUCAGAGGUGGUUUGAACCGUAUAGUAGGUGGAGUGAGAAGUGGUUUCAGGCGUGCAAGAGAAGGUGUCGUUGGGGGAGUCCGUCGUUUAACAAGUGCUGCCAGUCAGGGUCUCCGUCGUGCAGGAGAAGGUUUACGUAGGGGUUUCACUCGUGUAAGAGGAGCUCUCAGAGGUCGUGGUCGUGCAGCAGAUGGUGCCAGUAGUGUAAGAGAAAGAUUCGGUGCCGCAAGCGGGAGAGUCAGAGACGCUUUCAGCGCGGGAUUGACGCGCCUCCGCAGGCGCGGCAGAACUAGUGGCGAGGAGGGCAGGCCCCUACUGGGCGAAGGAAGAGAGCAGGAUGAUGGAUCGCAAUAAUACGGGCAGCAUGCUGCUGGAUUCGGCGAAGACCGUUUCUCGUAAACGAGGCAGCGGGGUCCUCCAAAGUUGAGAAACCCGGUAAACGUGUGUGCGGUAACGGUGAUCGAGUUUGCAGAUGGUUCCUUGUGUACCACGUGGCUUCUCGAGACCAAUCGUGCUUUGUUAGGGUCUAGUAGUUCGACUGGAUUUUAUUGAACUGCAGGAAUGCUCGCAGAAGAGAAGCCGUGAGGCAAUGCAGGUUCUUGCGUCUGUGCGAGCAGGACUUGAGAGAUCCGUUGUGGUGGCAACCUUGUGCCUAUCUAUCCGAAGCCUCGCUGACUCGCAGAAAUAAGGGUCGAGAUCCAUGAGAGCUUUCUGGGUGGUGAGGCCAGGGCUUGUGUAGAACUUCGUGGGAAGAUGUGCUUGAGCUUCGUCAGCAACUUCACGGAGAGCGCCACCUGAUCUAAACAUCCGAACAUUUUUAGCUCGACAUGUUCACAGAAAUGUUAAUAGGUUGAGGCGUGUAAAGGUUGCUUCCGGGAAGACGAGUAAUCGUGUCACGCCAUGUUAGCGGUCAUGUCGCUGCCUCAUUGUAUUCGGGUGUCACUGUGCCUUCAAACAUCAGUCGUGGUUCAGCAGUGCCCGCUGACGUUCGACACAUGGAACUCCGGCGAGACUGUCUCGGCAAAUGUGACGCACUUUGUAUUCAUGUGGCAAACCGUUUCAACGCAAGAUAAUGUGUUUUCUUGUUAACCUCCACCAGCAUAUCCGGAACCGCUGCGGUUCUGCGUCGGAAAUGUGACACCCGGUGUCACGGCGUUCCUGGGGUGCCAGCAGUCAAUCUGUCUCUGGUUUUUGAUGUACCCAAAGAUGAAUUUCCGAGUUGGCUCUCGCAGCUGUGGACAACUCGGACGAAAGAAGACGGAAUUAGUGAAGUGCUCGAGGCUCCUGAAGAGGAAUCAGCAGUGCAGCAUAGUUACGCAUUACAGAAAGCGGUCAUGCUAAGACAUGGUGGUGGCCUGCCUCAUGUUUAUUACAGCGAUCCCUUUAUACCUUCUACCUUCUCGCGGUAUGAUGAGGUGCACAUGCUGCCCUUGAUGAGGAUAUCGAACGGCUUCUGCCAUAUCCUGCCCAUCCGUGACACUCUUCACUGCAGCGGUGGAUUCGGUGUUAGUAAGCGUGAAUGAUGCAGGGGUAAUCUUCAAACGCUGCUCAAGUCGACCCGAUACACGGAGUGAACUUGUACGGCUUCGUGUGUACACUUCCUGGAGUUGGUCAGUAGUGGCAAGAAGUCGGUUUUUCCCCACUGCCCGCAAUAUUACAGUUUCCUUUGCCAGCGGGUAAUAGCCGACAGUGUUGUUCAGAAGCAGCCAUACGCUGUCGGAAUUUUCUCACGCAAAUAGUUUUAGAUCGGUCAGACGGGACGCUACAACUGGGCUGCGGUGUCGCUGAUGUUCUUGCGCUUGGCUAGGCGGAUUUUGGGACAGUGCCUCGAUG